AUGACUUACCAAGAACAAGAGAUGAAUUCUGGAUACCCACAACAACCAGUCUACAACCAACCACCCCCUCAGGUGUAUGUUGCUCCAACUGCACAAGCUCCUGUUGUUAAAACCAAGUCCAAUGACGACGCGGAUCUCAUUUCGUCACUCCUUUUCUUUGUACUUGGAUUUUUCUGUUGCUGUAUUUGGAUAGUCGUAUAUCGCAAGUUCAAACACUCGGGGAAUGACUCUGCGAGAAUGUUUGCGAUCAUUUCUCUCGUCUUCUUCAUUAUUUCGUUUAUUACAUCAAUACUUGCAGUCAUCAUCUUGUUCGUAAUCCUCAUCUGGUUCUUCACCAUCGGGACUGCUGUAAAUAAUGUCAACGAUAAUAUAAACGACACAACAUAUUAA